UCCAUCGCAGAUCAACCACAAUACUCUCCCCCCUCACUCAUUUCCCAUCCACUCCCCCAACUCCCCAAAUUCCCCAAACUCUACAUCUACGACGGCGACAACGCCACCGCUCUCGCCAUCCGCCAAUUCAUCCACGAACGCGGCGGCGUGCGCAUCCGCUCCGGACUCCUAGAUGUCCAACCGAAAGACCAGGUCCUGCCGUUGUUGGUCCAUGAGCAUGAUUAUGCAGGCGAAGUACCGAUCUUGUAUCUGGAUCAUCCGGCCCGGAGACCCGUGGAGAAGGUUUUUGGGUUCGGGCCGAUCACCGAGUAUGUGGAUAGUGUGGCUGUCGGGGGGAGGAAGUUGUACGGGGACACGGCGCAGGAUAUGGCGGUGGUGCGGAGCUUGAUUUAUUGUUUGAAUAGGGAUGUGGUGGAGCCGUUGUAUGGUUGGAAUAAUAAUCGUCCUGGGAAUGGGUCCGGUGAGGAGGUGACGGGGUUGGUCCCGGUGCCGAGCCGGCAGGAGGUGUUGAAGAGGAGGGUUUUGGAGAGUUUGGAGAAGAUGGAAUUGGAUUUUUUGGAACAGGGGAAGGGGGGAUAUUUGCUAGGGAGGUCCUCUGCUGCGGAUGUGUUUUUCUUUAGUCUAGUUGUGGCUCAUGGGGAUCGGUGGGAUUGGUUUUUUGAUGAUGACCCACGACCGAGAAUUACCCAGUACUUUGAUCGAGUGCGACAGAGGCCGAUGACGGGUUUUGCGUAUGAGUUUUGGGAUACGGAGGCGGCGAACGUCGUG